CAAAGACAUACGAAUGGAAGGUGGAUAUUAUAGAAGGGUCAACUUCUUUUUCAUGACAGUGCAGCUAACAGCGCGGUCACGGUUAGACGAGCCGGGACAGUUGGCGUUAAGGGCUCGAGUGGUUUUCUGCCUUGUUUUGGAUUUUUGACAGUUUUGGGAAAAAUGGCACGAUUGGCGGAAAGGCUGAGCUUCCUGUACCAGCCGUACGUGCUGGCGGUCGUUUCGAUUGGAUACGUUAUGGGCGAACUGGGCCACUACCUCAUCGGGGUUACAUCAAAGGCGAUCGCCAUGGACUUGCAUUACGGCGAUAUCGCCUGCCAAUUGAACAAUACCAACUACCACUUGUCGGAGUUACCGGAUCUUUGCCAUACGGCGAACAAUUCGGAAACUUGUUUAUCUUUCAACAUAAACGGCACGUAUUACUGCGAAUGGAAUUACAACGGAUUAGGCAUCGACUAUCAGAUACUGGCCGGUCCCAGUUUCAUGGCCGUCUUCACCAUAAUGGGCGUCAUCCUCGGCUUCGCCGCCGACAAAUUCAACCGGGUUCGCAUGCUCACGAUCUGCACGGUCAUCUUCGGAGUGGCGAUCAUCCUCUGCGGCAUCGUCAAGGAGUACUGGCACCUGGUCGUACUUCGGAUGAUUGUAGCGGCGGGAGAAUCCGGCUGUAAUCCGCUCGCGACUGGCAUCCUCACCGACAUCUUCCCCGAGGAGAAGCGCGCGCUGGUGAUGUCGAUUUUUAACUGGGGAAUCUACGGAGGGUACGGUCUCGCGUUUCCCGUCGGCAAGUACAUACCCCGUUUAAACAUCGCGGACUCGGGGUGGAGAUCUGUGUAUUACGGUACGGGGCUUAUCGCGAUAAUCAUUGCGGUCCUAACCGGAUUAACACUAAGAGAACCUGCGCGCCAAUCGAUCAGCGAGGGUGACCAAGAGACGACAGUAAAAACGAAGAAACGACAAAUGGUUUGGGCCGUCAUUAAGGAUCCGCGCAUAAUCAUGUUGGCGCUCGCAGCUUCGCUUCGUCAUUGCGGUGGAAUGUGUUUCGCGUACAACUGUGACUUGUACUAUCAGACGUACUUCCCCGACUACGAUUUGAGCUGGUGGCUGUUCGCCGUAACUAUAGUGAUCGGUAGCAUUGGCGUCGUAAUUGGUGGAAUUAUCUCUGACAAAAUAGUGGCGAAAAUGGGAGUCCGCUCGCGACUGGCCGUUUUGGCUAUCAGCCAAAUCAUCGCCACCCCGGGCUCGUUCGGAGCAGUCUACCUGGGUCCCGUAUGGGCCAUGGUCACCUUGGGAAUCUCCUACUUUUUCGCUGAAAUGUGGUUCGGAAUUCUUUUCGCGAUCCUCGUCGAAAUCGUUCCGCUGCAAGUGCGAUCGACAACCGUCGGCAUAUUCCUGUUCGUGAUGAACAACAUCGGAGGCAACCUCCCGAUCCUCGUCGACCCGGUCUCGCGAGCGAUAGGCUACCGAGAAAGUCUCUACAUCUUCUUCGCCGGAUUUUACGGAAUCAGUUCCAUCAUGUUCUUUUUGACCAUGUUCCUGAUGGAAGGACCGCAAAAGGAGGCACCGACGCCGCUCGCUAAGGAGCUGGGACACGACAACAAAAUUUUCACGACGGCCGACGAGUCCUCGUUGGCUACGCUACCAAAACGAACCGCCUAUCCGAAUAUACACAUCGAAAGGCCGUACAUGCACGAGAGCAGUCGACUGUGAAUCGUACAAAUUCUUAAUGUGUUGUAAAUAGCUCAAUCUCUUUAGCUUUAAGUUGUUUGAUUCUCGUAAUUUAUUUUGUUGUAAGUUAGUGGAUAGUCGAUAAUAAAAUUGUGCUGUUA